UCCUUUGUUGUCUUUUAUAAACACAACAUGAACGCCAUUUUGUUUGCUUGCCUGUUCGCGUGCGUGGCUCAGAAUGCCUACGCACAAUUUGGCCUCGGCAACCCUCUCGGAUGCAAUGGUCUUGGUCUUGGACCUAUCAACCCCUUAGCUGGUCCAUUCCCUGGCAAUUUAGGUGCACCGGGUCUUGGUCUAGGCGGCUUGCCAGUCGCCGCAGGGCCGAUCGCCUACGGUGACGUAGCCAUAGCGGGUGAGUUGCCAGUGGGUGGCAACACUGCUAUUGCUGGCAAUGUGCCAGUUGUUGGCUACGUUAUGUUCGAGGGCAACGUGCCUGCUGGAGGUAUCGUGAGUGUUGCCAACGGCUGCGGUUGCGGUUGUAUGUAAAGCUUUAAUUUUUGUUAUAAAAGGUGAAAUAAAUUAGUUUUUUUAAA